ACCGCUCGUCGUGUGUAUUCUGUGCGUGUGUCAGUUAAAGAUCACAGCAGGAGUCGGUUCACUGUAGCGAUGUCCAGUUGGCAGAAAAUCCUGUUUAAUCGCCACAGUUACAAAGCGUUGGCUUUAGUCAGCACUAAUCGCUGCAGAGUAAAAUGCAGUCGUGUCUUCAGUACAGGGAGACAUGUGGGGAAAGACUUCAUCUCGGAUCUUGAGAACCAGUUUAAAGCUUUUCGUGAGAAAGCGAAAAUGGCGAUGCCGGGCAGUGACUGGAGCCCGAUCGAGCUGACCCAAGGCCUUCCACCUGAACGCGCCGACAUCGUGAUCGUCGGAGGUGGAGUGAUGGGCUGGUCCAUCGCUUACUGGCUGAAGAGGAAACUGAGGUCUCAGGAUUCACUGAGGGUGCUGCUGGUGGAGAAGGAUCCCACCUACAGUCAGGCCUCCACGGUUCUCUCUGCUGGAGGAAUUCGGCAGCAGUUUUCGCUGAAGGAGAACAUCCAGCUCUCUCUGGCCUCUGCUAACUUCAUGAAGAACAUUAACGAACAUCUCCACGUGCUGAAUGAAGAUCCCAUCGACCUGCAAUUUAAUCACUCGGGUUAUCUUUUCCUGGCCAGCGAAGCGUCGGCGCACAUUCUGGAGCAGAACUACGCUGUUCAAAAAGAAUUCGGGGCUGAAGUUACCCUGCUGUCACUCACACAGCUGAAGGAGAGAUUCCCCUGUCUGAACACCGACGGCGUUGCUCUGGCAUCUCUGGGACUCGAGAACGAAGGCUGGUUCGACCCUUGGACCCUCUUGAACGCCUUCAGACGGAAAGCCAUGUCUAUGGGAGUGUAUCAGUGCUUUGGAGAAGUCACAGGAUUUAGAUGCUGGACACAAAAUGCAGAAACCAUGGACGGAGACCUUCUCAACUUAAAAAGGAUCAAAUACGUUAAUGUUCAGAUGCCUAACAGUUUGGAGUACCAGCCUGUGGAGUGCGCUGUCGUGGUGAACGCGGCCGGUGCCAGCUCGGGGAAAAUCGUCGACAUGCUUGGCAUCGGACGCGGCAUGAAAAACGACGAGGCGGCCUUUCGGUUACCUGUGGAACCCAGAAAAAGGUACAUUUACGUGGUGCGUUGUCCUGACGGUCCGGGCCUGGAGUGUCCGUUUCUGAUCGACUACUCAGGGUUUUACCUGCGCAGAGAAGGCCUUGGAGGAAAUUACAUCACAGGGAUUUCACCAGAGGAGAACGAGGAACCGGACUGCAGUAACCUGGAUGUGGACCAUGAGUUUUUCCAGGAGAAAGUCUGGCCUCUUCUGGCACAUCGACUUCCUGCUUUUGAGAGUCUGAAGGUGUCAGGAGCAUGGGCAGGGUUUUACGACUACAACACUUUUGACCAGAACGGCAUCGUGGGUCUGCACCCACUGGUCAACAACAUGUACUUGGCGACGGGUUUCAGCGGACACGGGCUGCAGCACUCUCCCGCCGUGGGCCGCGCAGUGGCCGAGCUCAUCCUGGAUGGAGGUUUCAAGACCAUCGACUUGAGCUCCUUCGACUUCAGACGCAUCCUCUACCAGGAGCCCAUGCUGGAGAGGAACAUCGUGUGAAAAGAAAUGAAAUAAAUAACCAAGGGCUGUCUGAAGUACAGACAGAUCAGAUCACCCCUAAAAUGUGCUUUGAUUUAAUUCCCAGUUUGCUUGCUGGAGAAUGUGGAUGUGUUUUAGCAUCAUAAUAAAAAUCCAAAGCAAAAAAAAUUGUAAAACGCUGCCGCUAAUUUCUGAAAGGAAUGCAAACCUCUGGUGUGUGUGUGUGUGUGAAAUUUCUAGAUAGAAGAAAAAAGUGUGUGAAAUAAAUAUAUUAGUAUUAAACUGUGUACGGGGGCACGGUGGCUUAGUGGUUAGCACGUUCGCCUCACACCUGCAGGGUUGGGGGUUCGAUUCCUGCCUCCGCCUUGUGUGUGUGGAGUUUGCAUGUUCUCCCCGUGCCUCGGGGGUUUCCUCCGGGUACUCCGGUUUCCUCCCCCGGUCCAAAGACAUGCAUGGUAGGUUGAUUUUCAUCUCUGGAAAAUUGUCCGUAGUGUGUGAGUGAAUGAGAGUGUGUGUGUGUGUACCCUGUGAUGGGUUGGCACUCCGUCCAGGGUGUAUCCUGCCUUGAUGCCUGAUGACGCCUGAGAUCUAAUGAAAAAAAAUGAACAAAACCCCCAAAGAGCCUCCUUACUGCUUGGGAGUGACCCGAGGUAGUUCGGAUAAGCGGUAGAAGAUGAAUGAAUGAAUGAAUGAAUAAAUAAACUGUUUACAUCAGGUGUUAAUUGUGUAAAGAUUUUUGUGCUAUACCGUUCUUUACCACAAGGGGGCAAGUAACACAUUUUUGUAUGAUUUAUAUAAGUAUGGUCUAAUUGUUGUAGUUAUUGU